CCUCCCCUCCCGGCCCCGCGCUCCCCCCAAGAUGGCGGCGCCCUUGGCCGUGCAGCUGCAGGAGCUGCUGGACCCCCGGCCCGGCCCGCGGGACCCCGAGGAUGAUGCGGAGGAAGCUACAGUUGCUAAAGUGAUUGACAGGUUUGAGGAUGAAGCCACGGAUGAGCUUUUGCCUGCUGGUAACAUCAGGAAAAGAGCUUCAGCCUCUCUCCUGGAAGCUGAUCAGAGGUACAGUGGCAAAGCCACGUCUCGGAGAGCUCUGCAGGAGGAGCUCUGGGGAGAUGCUCUGUCUGAAGAAGGAUCUGCUGCAGAAGCCCUGGAUGACUGGUACAGCGGCAGUGAGGGCUCAGAAGAGGAGGACACCAAGGGCAGGGAGGAGGCCAGCAGUGCUGGCAGUGAGCAGGAGGAUGACUUGCAGCGUGAUGCAGAGGCCAAGGCACCACAGUUCAGCUCCCAGAGUAUCACAGACUUUGAGAAGUUCACAGAGGGCAUGGACGAUGCAGGCAGCAGUGAAGGGGAGGAUGGAGAUGAGGAUGAGGAUGAGGAUGAUGCUGACAUGGAAGAAGGAAGUGAUGAGGAGGAGGAAUUUGGGAGUGAAAACCACGAUGAUGGAAAAGAAGCCAAAGGCACUGAAGAUGAUGGGGGAGUGCUGACCUUCUCCAGAGGGCAGGAGUCUGAAGAGGUGGAGAAGGGCAGAGCUGUGAGGAACCAGCUAGCCCUGUGGGAUCAGCUGAUGGAAGGGAGGAUCAAGAUGCAGAAGAUGCUCCUGACAGCCAACAGGCUGCCCCAGCCAGACACCUACCCCAGGUUCAGGGAGGAGGGGGGACAGGACUUUGACCACGCUGUGGAGAACUGUUGUAAAGCCCUGGAGGCCUUGCUGAAGGUGCUGGUGGAACUUCAGGAUGAGCUGCUGUAUCAGUACCCAGGCACGAGGCAUCUGGUGGAUGGAAAGCAAGCAAAAACUGAGAGUGAGGAUGAAAUCCUGAGCAGCAGCGAUGAGGAGCCAGCAGAGAAGGCUCAGGAGAAGAGGAGGAGACUCCCCAAACGGAAGCUGAAGUUCGAGGAGUACCCUGAGUUCAUAGCCAAGCGCUACAGGGACUUCAGGAGCUACAGGAACAGCACCCUGCAGAAGUGGCACGAGAAGACCAAGCUGGCAACUGGCAAAAUGGGGAAGGGCUUCGGAGCCUUGGAGCGCUCGGUGCUGGCGCAGAUCGAGCACGUGCUGCUGGACAGGGAGCGGCUGCUGCGGCGCACCCAGACCCGCCGCUCGCUCUACACCGUGCUGGGCAAGCAGGAGCAGCAGCCCGCCCCAGCCCCUCAGCCUGGCCCUGGCAGCUCGGAAGUCCUCCCUCCCUCAGACUCCAACAGGCACCUGAAGGACAUUGAUGAGGAGAUAUUUGAUGAUGAUGACUUUUACCACCAGCUCCUGCGAGAGCUGAUUGAGCGGAAAACCACAGCCCUGGACCCCAACGACCAGGUGGCCAUGGGCAGGCAGUGGCUGGCCAUCCAGAAGUUACGGAGCAAAAUAAAGAAGAAAGUGGACAGAAAAGCCAGCAAAGGAAGGAGGAUCCGGUACCACGUCCACAGCAAGCUGGUGAGCUUCAUGGCACCUAUUGACCUGUGCACAAUGAAUGAUGAUGCCAGGACGGAGCUGUACCGGUCACUGUUUGGAAAAGUCACGAAGGGAGAAGAAGCAGAGCAGGAUUAGGAUUUGGGAUUGAGCUCCUGGGCUUCUCCAGCUGCUUCUGCCCUCAGCUGCUCCCCAGGGCUGCCCAGAGCAGAGCCAGCUCUCUGGUUUGUCCCCAAAAUCCCUCCUGAUGGAGCCCCACACCCUGCUAAGAGUGAGCCUGAAGUGCCUCCUCCCAAAGACAAUCCAUUUUUAACUAUUCCCUUUAAAUUUAAAUUCCUGACCUUGAUUUUGCAGCCUGGGCACAGUGUGGGGGCAGGGACACAAUCCAGCUGUGUUAAAACCUUGGAGAUUUGGGGGCUGGGGGGGUUCUGUGCCCUGUUCUGGUGCUUGGCUGCUCGUUGACUUCAGAGGAUUAAAAUGUCAUUUCCAUAAUUAACAUGGCCCUAAAACAGAGGGAAGGUGCUGCUGUGCAGGCAGCAGAGCUGCCAGGUCACAACCUGGGGGCUGAGCACACCUUGGCUGGCCCUGGCACGGGAUGUGCCAGGAAAUUGCUGCUCUGGGAGGAUCCUGGGGACCCCUCCAGCAUGGCUGUGACAUGCCAGCAGGAUGGCAGCACAGAGGUGACUCCUGGGGGUGUGUGGGGAGGUCCUGGCAGUGUCCCCAGGCACAGGAGGGUCCCGUGGGACCCCCGGCCUGCAGGGAGAUGAAAUUCUGCCAUCACAGCCUCAAACCCCUGGGUCAGGCCCUGGCACCCAGAAAGAGCCAGCCUGAUUGCCACCAAGUUCUCCUAACAGCAAGUGAGAUCUUCCCCCCCCCCAACAGAAUAUUAAUUCUUUAUUAAUUCAUGAUACAGCUGCUAAUUAGUACCUGCACAAAUGGGCAUUACACCUCAGCAACCACCGAGGGGUUCUGGGACUGGGCUGUGCACAGGGAGGGACACAGGGCUGUGUUAAUCCUCUCCCCCCAGCCCCGCCACAGCAAAGAAUUUCAACUUUCAGACAAACAACUUCAUUUACAAGUGUGUCUCUAAUUAGCUGCAGAAUUAGUAAAGCAGAGUUUUCCCCCCAUAGAUCGGCCACAGCCCCGGGGGAGGCUCCGGGAUGGAGAGAAUCGCAUUUCCAAUUAUUUUGUUGAAUUGCUAAUUUAGUUAUUGUGCCUGGCGUAAUUGUGAUGGGUAUUGGGUGUGCAAUUCAAUUUGUUUUAAAUAUUUGUGGGAAGGCUGAUCAGUAAUGGAGCUGACCUAUUUCAUGGCCCAAAUUGAGAGAAGAGACUAAAACAAAAAACAGCUACAAAGCCCCAGUUUGUCUCAGUUUUUAUUUUGAUGUCUCUCAUCCCUCUUAAGACUGUUGAUGCAACAAAAGGUUUACAUUAAAAGAUGAUGGCACUUUGA